GGAGGCAGACUGUGAUCGGCUGUAUCGUGUUAUUUUAUCGUCCAGGAACCGGCGUCACCAUUUUGUUUUCAACUUUUCCUUUUCUUUCCUCACUUCUGUGAUAAAAUAAAAAGUGACAGGAUUUCAAAAACCCGCAUCGCCGGCCCUCACCGUCGUCUCGCAGCGUAACGCCAAAAUGCCGGUGAGCAGCGUCUGUACGUUCAAGAUAUUCAUUGGGAAUCUUACCGACAGCAUAAAGACCGAACACAUAAAACCACUUUUUGAAAAAUAUGGGAAGGUUGUUGAAUGUGACGUCGUUAAAAAUUAUGGAUUUGUGCAUAUGGAAAAUGAAGAGGCAGGUAGAGCAGCAAUACAGAAUUUGAACGGAUCCAUUGUCAAUGAUCAGCAGAUGAAAGUAGAAGCAGCUACAAGUCGUAAAGGACCCAACACACCGACGACAAAGAUAUUUGUCGGCAACCUUAAAGAGGGUGUCAAAGCCUCUCAAGUCCGUGCCCUCUUCUCAAAAUUUGGCACUGUCGUAGAAUGUGACAUUGUGAGGAAUUAUGGUUUUGUGCACAUUUCAUCUUCUGAUGUUAACAACGUUAUAAAAGAGCUCAAUGGAUAUGAUCUGGAAGGACAGCCAAUCAAGGUUCAGGUUUCAACCAGCAGAGUCAGACAAAAACCAGGAAUGGGCGAUCCAGAACAGUGCUACAGGUGCGGCCGAGGUGGUCACUGGUCCAAGGAGUGUCCCAAAUCUGCAGGAAGACCUAUGGGCCCAGAUAGAGGUUUCCGAGAUAGGCUGUUCGGGGGUCCGAGAGACCCUUAUCCAAUUCCACCACCACCACCUCCGUUCUUUAGAGACAGAUUACUGUCAGACCAUCUGAAGGAUGAUUACUAUUUUGGUAGUUACGAUAGGAGGUUUGAUGACUUUGACAGAUAUGGACCACUUCCACGUAGUGAGACAAGGAGUCGGGAAUACACCAGGGGACGGGAUUCCUUGACUGCCUUGACUAGAUCCACCACCGGUAGCUAUGAAAGAAGUGAUUAUGAAAUUUUUAGCAGGAGGUCACCAGAUCCUAGUACACAUUUCAGGAGAAGCUACAGUGACUAUGGUUUUGAUAGCUAUGACAGUCAUUCAAGUGGUUAGAACAACUGCCUCCUAAUUGCCUUGUAGAUUCUAACACCGACGCUCAGCCUCAUGGCCCCUUUCCACCACCAAAUAUGUUUCCCCGGUACACAUUUUCAGGUUAGUUAUUUUUAUUUUUCUUCUUUAUUUAUUUUCUUGUGUUUUCUUUUAUUUCUUGUGAAAGUAAGUCUUCUAAGUGCAUGUUAUUACUACGUGAAAUAUAUUUAUCUGCCUCGGUCUCAUGUCAAAAUUCAUCCUGGUGGGGGAGGUGUUUUAUAUAUUUUUUCCUGAUGCAUGUAAGCGUAAUGUUAAUAAUUAGAUAUUGUUCAAUUCUAAAUUAUUUAUAUUUGCA